CUCCGCCACCCCAACACCCUCCUCUUUGGCAAUCAGAGAGAGAGAGAGAGAGCGAGCGCGAGAGAGCGUGUGUCGGACACCCUCCCUCCACUUGACGCGUUCUCCAUCCGUCCUACCCGGCAGACGGAGCAGACCUCCGGGUAGGCACCGUGGAUUUGAAACCCCUUUUUUUCCACCACGACUGAAGUGGGAGCCCGCCGCCUCGCGCAGGAAGGAGGCAUGGAGACUCGGCCGUCAUAGUUUGCCGGAACUUAUCGCUUUCUUUCCAAACGAGAGGAAAUUCGAGAGCUCCACAUCUGCUCGGGAUUGCUAUUUUGUUUUCGGGGAGCCCAGCCCGACCGGUUGUGGGUUCGUUUCGGAGGAGACGAGGGAGUUCUUUCCGUCCUCUCUCUCUCUCGCUCUGCUCCCCACCCGCCCAACUCAACGUCCCGUGUUUCCCUUUGGCACGUUCCUAUGUUCAAGUGGCAAUUAGAUCCCGUGGAGGAUUUUCGAGAUUGCGGAAUUUGAGGUUCGGGUGUCCCUGCUGUUCAUCGGGGCUCAGACGGACUGGCUCGGGACACCAUGGAACUGCUUUUGUUUGGAUGUUACGGAGAUGUUUGCGAGAUGCUGAGGAAGACGAGGGCACUCAACCUGCUGUUGCUCUGCUGUCUAUUAGCCGCUCACAACUCUGCACACGCACCCGAGGCCUCUUCUUCCUCCUCAAUGAGCCCGCGAGGUUUCGCAGACUUCACGUUCACGAAGGAGCCGCAAGACACGGUGACGGUGCGAGGCGGCGUGCUCCGGCUCGACUGCCAGGCCCGCUCGGACAUGGCGUCCGGAACCCCGACCGUUACGUGGAGGAAAGACGGCGUGCUGCUCGGCGCCCUGGUGGAUGAACGGCGGCAGGAGCUGGCCAACGGAUCCUUACUCGUUCACAAUAUCGUGCACUCGCGGCACCACCGCCCCGAUGAGGGGGAAUACCAGUGCCUCUCCACCCUCGAGGGGCUCGGAAGUAUCGUUAGUCGGACUGCAAGAGUCACCGUGGCUGGUCCGCUAAGAGUAGUUGUCCCCACUGAGUCGGUCUCCUCGUAUCUCGGCGACACUGCGCUCCUGCGAUGCGAGGUCUCGGGGGAACCCACGCCCGUCAUCCGCUGGCAGAAAAACCGAGACGAUCUGCCAAUGACGUUUGACCCCUCCUCUCGCCUGGCGGUGCUGCCGUCCGGUUCGCUGCAGGUCAGCCGCGUCCAGCCGCCAGACUCGGCCACGUAUCGCUGUCUGGCCGACAACCCCAGCAGCACGAGGACGGGGACGGAUGCUGAGCUGCGGGUGCUCCCAGAGCCCGGCGUAAACCGCAACCUGCAGUUUCUCCAGCGCCCUUUGAGAGUGACCGCUCUGCUGGGAACUGACGCCGUGCUGGAAUGUUCCGCCUCCGGAUACCCCACUCCGAGCAUUCAGUGGCGGAGAGGUGAAGAAGUGAUCCAGACGUGGAAUAAGAAGUAUUCUCUGUUGGCUGGCAGCAAUCUGAUCAUCAGGAGUGUCACCGAUGACGACUCGGGCAGUUUUACCUGCACUGCUGCCAACAAGAACCACAACAUCACUGCCAGUGCAGAACUGAGCGUGCUGGUUCCGCCUCAAUUCCUCAACUAUCCGACCAACACGUACGCCUCUGAAUCCACUGACAUUGAGCUGGAGUGUGCCGUGACGGGAAACCCGCCGCCGACCAUACGCUGGAUGAAGAACGGGGAGGAGGUUAUCCCCAGUGACUAUUUCCAAAUCGUGGAUGGCAGUAACCUGCAGAUUCUCGGUUUGGUCAAGUCGGAUGAAGGAUUUUAUCAGUGCGUGGCAGAGAACAUUGCCGGCAGCUCACAGGCCAUGGCUCAACUGCUGCUCCGAGAGCCAGUGUCCCCCAGCCCAGGCGUUGCCCUCCCCUCUGCCCCCCGCGACCUGGUCCCUGUCCUAGUGUCCAGCCGGUUUGUCCGACUCAGCUGGCGGCCCCCGCAGGACACCGGAGGAUCUAUACAGACUUAUGGUGUUUAUUACUCCCAAGAUGGCAUUGAAAGGGAGAGGUCGGUCAACGUGUCGGAGCCCGAGUCAUUGGAGCUGAUGGUUUCCAACCUGAAGCCAGAGGAGGGUUAUAGCUUCCGAGUCAUUGCUUACAAUGACGUUGGACCAGGAGAAAGCUCCGCCCCCUUGAGGAUCACCACCAAACCAGACCUCCAGGUACCCAGUAGGAUAGACUCGCUACGGGCCGAAGCUCUGUCACCAACCUCCAUCCAGGUAAAUUGGGACCCCCCCAGUGCUCCAAAUGGACCAAUCUUGGGCUACAGAAUUCUCUGGACAGAGAGCCUCUCAAGCAAGGACCAGAGCAUCGAUGUCAACGGGCUGAACUACAAGAUGGAGGGACUCAAUAAAUUCACACAGUACACAGUUUCCGUUUUGGCUAUCAACCGCUUUGGACCUGGCACUCCCUCAGAGAAUAUCAUCAUCACCACCCAAUCUGAUGUUCCCGGUGCUCCUCCCCAGAACAUCACCUUAGAGGUCGUGCUUUCCAGGAGCAUAAAAGUGUCAUGGCAGCCGCCUCCACGCGGCGCUCACAACGGCAUCAUCAGCGCUUACAAGAUCAAAUAUAGGAAGACCGGUCGCCGUGGGGACCAGGAAGCCAUUGAACCCAACAACCUGUGGUAUCUUUGCACAGGUCUUGAUAAGGGCAGUCAGUACAGUUUCCAGGUCGCAGCCAUGACCACCAAUGGAACAGGUCCAGCCAGUGAGUGGUAUACGGCGGAGACACCCGAGAAUGAUUUGGACGAGAGUCAGGUUCCGGAUCAGCCCAGCUCUCUGCAUGUCAGGCCUCUUCCCAACAGCAUCAUCAUGUCAUGGACUCCUCCCCUUAGUCCCAGCAUUCUGGUCCGUGGUUACAUCAUUGGCUAUGGCGUAGGAAGUCCCUACGCCGAGACGGUUCGAGUGGACAGCAAGCAGAGAUACUACUCCAUUGAAAACUUGGAGCCGAGCUCACACUAUGUGAUUUCCCUGAAGGCCUUCAAUAACGCUGGAGAAGGAGUUCCUCUGUAUGAGAGUGCUGUCACUCGCUCUCUGACAGACCCCCUUGACCCAUCUGAGGAUGACCUUUUCCAUCUCUUUGAUAAAUACCCCACUCCCAUGCCAGACACCAGCACACCCAUGAUCCCCCCCGUUGGGGUCCAAGCCGUGGCUCUUUCCUCGGACUCGGUUCGUGUUUCCUGGGCUGACAAUUCCAUGACCAAGAACCAGAAGUCCUCCGAGGUCCGCUACUACUCCGUCAAGUGGAAGACCAGCUACUCCACCAGCGGCAAGUACAAGUCUGCAGACACCACCGCCCUCAGCCAUACCGUCACUGGCCUCAAACCAAACACGAUGUACGAGUUUGCCGUGAUGGUGACCAAAGGUUGGAAAUCCAGUACCUGGAGUAUGACGGCGCACGCCACCACCUAUGAAGCGGCUCCGAGCUCUGCUCCCAAAGACUUGACAGUGAUCAGUCGGGAGGGACGGCCCCGGGCCAUUUUAAUCAGCUGGCAACCGCCGAUGGAGGCAAACGGGCGGAUCACAGGUUAUAUCCUCUAUUACACCUUGGACAAAAACAUGCCAAUAGACGACUGGGUCAUGGAAACGAUUAGCGGCGACCGACUGACUCAUCAGGUGGUUGAUCUCAACCUUGACACCGUGUAUUACUUCCGGAUCCAAGCUAAGAACGCCAAAGGAGUGGGUCCGUUGUCCGAACCCGUUCACUUUAGGACAGCCAAAGUGGAGCAUCCAGACAAGAUGGCCAAUGAUCAAGGUCGAGGAGGAGACCACGCCUACUGGCCAUCUGAUAGCAACCUCAUUGACAGGAGCAGCAUAAAUGACUCCCCCGUCGGUCAAAUGCAUCCGCCGCACGGCAGCGCCACCCCGCAAAAUAACGGCAAUCUUUUGGUCAUCAUCGUGGUUUCGGUGGGAGCCGUUACGGUGGUGGUGGUGGUGGUCGUGGCCCUCAUAUGCACGCGACGCUCCUCCGCCCAACAGCGCAAGAAAAGAGCAAGCCACAGCGCCAGUAAGAGGAAGGGCAGCCAGAAGGAUCUACGACCUCCCGACCUCUGGAUCCAUCACGAGGAGAUGGAGAUGAAGAACAUUGAGAAAGCGCCCAGCGUGUCCCCGUCUGGGCACGAUUCUCCCAUCCAGUCUUGCCAGGACCUUCCCCAGGUUGCCCACAGCCAAUCGGAGAGCCAGAUGGGCAGCAAGAGUAGCCACUCAGGAGCAGACGGCGAUGAAGCGUCAAGCUGUAUUUCUACUCUGGAAAGAUCCUUGGCUGCCAGGAGGGGAACACGAGGCAAAAUGAUGAUUCCGAUGGAUUCCCAACCAAGCAACACACCGGUGGUCAGCGCCAUUCCGGUGCCAUCCCUCGAUUCCUCUCAGUAUCCCGGUAUACUUCCUUCGCCUUCGUGCAGCUUCAGCCACACCAAAUUCAGUUUAAGACCGAUGCCUUUCCCCAGCCUGACUGUGGACAGAGGAUACACGCAAGUCAUAUCCACGGACGCUUCCACCAAUCCGCUUCUGCAGCAGCAGUCCCCGCCUCAGCAGCCGACUCCCCUCCUACCUGGCUCCUCCGUGAGCGCCGGCGAGCAUGUUCCAAGUAUGGGCCCGGUUCCCGGGGCCCCCGCUGCCACUCCCGCCGUUGCAUCGGAGGAAUCCCAGGCGGCGGGCGCGAGUCGGACUAUCCCGACCGCAUGUGUGCGACCAAGUCACCCGCUGAGAAGCUUCACGAAUCCACUCCUGCCGCCACCGAUGAGCACCAUCGACCCCAAGGUGUACACCUCCAUGCUGCCGCAGUCCACUGGAAGCCUUCCGAAGCCUCAGGUGAAGACGGCUUCUCUGGGUCAGGCGGGAAAGGCUCGAUCGCCUCUGCUUCCCGUCUCAGUUCCGACGGCGCCCGACAUACCGGAGGAAGGAGGAACCAAACCCACGGAGGAUUCAGCUGCCAACGUGUACGAGCAGGACGACCUUUCGGAGCAGAUGGCCAGUUUAGAAGGGCUGAUGAAGCAGCUCAAUGCCAUUACCGGCUCGGCCUUCUAAAGCCUCCGUUUUUGAAGCCCUCGCCCAUCCCCCCCCACCCCUCGUCCGUCCCCCCCAAAGCAGGAACGCUUCUUCAAGCUUUGAUGUCGCCGGCAGUGCGUUGACAAACGGCCGCAGCGUGUCGAGUUUGAAGCUGCCGCCGGGGACCGCGGCCUUCCCCUUUCAACUGGAUUCAACCCCGUCCGACAUCAUCCACUGCAGGAACAAGACCGUGAUGGAGGGGCUUCCUCGGUGGGACUUUUCAACCUCAAACUAACAAAACUAGGAAGACCCAAUGCCCACCUCCUUGACUCAAUGAAACAGAGGGCGGGGCGUAGGGGGGGGCGGGAUCACAGAAAAGGAAGACAUUUUGACGAUCUUUCCGCUUUCUCUUCUUUGCGGUAUUUAUUAGCUCCUCAUUAUUCUCCUCCGCAACUCGGUUACUGUGACUGUACCUCAAUUCCUUUUCAUGACUGCCCUUGGGCGCGUUCCCCCCCCCCUCCCCCACUAUUUCGACUCCGCCUUCACACAGCGCAUUGAGGCAACGUGAACUUGCUUUGCCGCACGGAACAGUCGGUGUCAAAUUCUUCAAACUUUCUGCAUUUCUUUUGGUCUUGCCUUUUCCUGCCGGAAGGCCUCUGACAUUUUGGGGCCCCUUUUCCAUCCGUCAAGGUUUCAUCCUUCCAAAUGCGGAGCCCCCUUUUUUUUUUUUUUUUUUUUUUUUCUGGUUGUUGUUGUUGUUUCCUUAAAUACCGGAGCUCUGGCUGAACAGAAAACUCUUUGGUUUGUUUUUGCCGACUCAUCUGUCGACUGGGCAUCGACCGCCGCUCUUGACGGAGCCUUUUGGUCCCGCGAGACCGGACAAACUCUGCAAACGGGCUUGACGGAAUAAGUGUUGUUGCCAAAAAAAAAAAAAAAAGGGAAGCUCACAACAGCCUUCUUUUCAAAUUCAAGGCCGACAUUUUCACUGACAGUUUUGUACUGGCCGUUGGCGAAACACAGUCCGAUCAUCAGGAUGGAAGAAACGGCGCCAUACUUGGUGGCGGUCUCACUUUGGACCACCACAAGUCUGUCAGUUGAAUGUUGGUGCGAAGGUUUAUUCCAAACAAUCGUGAGAAUCUGAUGAUUGCCUAUUUUUUUAACUUAUUUUUCACUGCCAGUAUUCAUGUUCAAUGGGGGAGGGGGGGGGGUCUUCUUCAUGAGUUCCUGUUAACAAACAUUUGUACCGUCUUCAGUCUCGCGUGCCCACACGGUCACAACUUCAGUUUGCGUUCACUUCAGUGGGGGCCUGCUUUUUAUAUCGAAUCAGAAAAAAAAAAGAAA